AUGUCCAGAGUGGAGGCCCUGGGAGAACCAGACCUCCGAUCUCAACUCAGGGAAUUCCGAACAGACAUCGCCAUGGCUAUCGAUGACGCCUUCCCAUUGGUCCAUGGGCUAGUGGACCGCAACAUCAUUAGUGACCAGUUGCUUAAGGAGACCUUGGAGAGGGAGACCAGAGAGGGCAUCCACAAGGCCAUGUACUCCCUCCUGUCCUGGCUGCUGGAACAGGGCAGGAGCACCAUCAAGGCCUUCUGGAGCAGCCUGGCCAAGGACUACAACCAGGACCGCUACCCCCGGCUCCAGGCCCUCCUCGCCAGCCUCCAGCCCCCCCGGCAGGGCUCUGUGGCCAGCUCAGGCUCCAGGCAGGGAAAGGGGUCCCCCGGAGGCUCCAGAUCCCACAGCAGGAAGAGGACCCUGGGCGACGGAUCAUCUGCCCGCCACCAACACUCCCACAGUCAUGCCAGUCAUCACACAUUGUCGUUAUCUCUCCCAGCAGGCAGCAGAGGGAAGGGGGUGAGGAAGAGUGAAGCUUCAGCGGUGGCCCAGGUCCCAGGGGAAAGUGGUAUGCAGGCGGUGUCCACCUCAGUCCAGCGGGCUGUCACCCUGUCCUCCAGUGAGUUCCCUGUCAGCUGUGGGGCCCGGGAAGAGAUCCUCAUCAAACAGGUGUUCGGCUCUGGAAGUGCCAAAAAGUGCAUCAAGGUGGGUGGUGAAUACUUUAGCUCUGGUCCAGUGGAAGAGAUGACAGGGGGGCUCAAGUCAAAGGGUGCAAGACCAAAAGUUAACCACAAGGGGGAGCCCUACACCAGGACAAUUGAGGUAAAUCACACAAUCCCUCUACAAACCUGUCCAUGGGCCUACUGUAUGCUUUCUGAAGAGGGUUAGCGUGUGUGUCUGCAUGGUGCGUGUGUCCAGGUGCAGCGUAAUGAUGACGAGUGUGGCGUGUGUAAAGACGGAGGCGAGCUCAUCUGCUGCGAUGGCUGUCCCAGAGCCUUUCACCUGGCCUGCCUCGACCCCCCCCUCACCACCAUCCCAGGUGCGCUCUCUCGCCACACCCUCCACAGCAGGGAAGGUCAAACACAACGCUGGCUCAUUCGUGUUCUCAUAUGCAGUGGCACUUGGCGCUGUCAAUCAUGCGGUGGUGAGCGAGGGAACAGGGAAAGAAUCCAGCCGGCUGGUCAGAGCUUGGCUCCUCCACAGAGGGCCGAGACCAGCUCCAGCAACUCCACCAUAGACAUCUCCUUCUUCUCCUCCUUAUCCUCCGCCUCCCUAUCCAGCGUCACGGCAACCAAGAGCAACCACAGUUCAGGAUAUCAGUGUGCCGGUGGACAGGUCAUGGGGGUCAAGGACGUGUGUGGGCUCUGCCUCCUGGGUGGAGGAGACUUGACCCACUGUCUGCAGUGCCUCCAGAGCUACCACACCUACUGCCAUUUCUCCACUGGAAGGUCCAUCUGCACUUCCUGCACUAGGACCUGGGGCGGCUUAGGGGACAGAGAGGCUGAAUCCAGGGGCUUACAGGCUCCACCCUCGCUGCCCCCGCCUCUCCCAGAGCCCAACCUACAGAAGGACGAGCUGGAUGCCAUCAUUGGAGAGCCGGGCUCCAUAGAUGGGAUUCUGCAGUGGGCCUUCCAUAACAUCUCCAGGCCUCUCUCCGACACUCAAGCCUACUUCCAAUGAUCUCAUGUCAUUUGCAGAAGAUCGCCAACACACACAUGCAAUUGUGCUCACAUGCGGUCUUACACACUUGAGCAAACACACACACACACACACCACUAGACACACAUGC